UAUGGGAAGUGUCAUUCCUCUUCUCAAUAUUCCUUAAAAAUUUGCAUGUUUUAAUGAAUCUUCUAGUGCUUCAAUUCUAUUUUCUUCCAAGAGGAGAAAUAAAAAAAAAGUAAGCACUUCACCUCCAAUAGAACCCUGUGCAUAUUUUUCAUGUGCAAUUGGUCCUUGGUGUAUGAUGCAGAUGGAGAGGAAUGUAUCUACAUUAUUUGUGGUGUUGAUAUUUACUCUUAUUUUCUCUCUAUCUGAAGGGCUUAAUGCAGAGGGAAAAUACCUUAUGUCCAUAAAAGUGACACUGGUUGACAAAUACAAUCAUCUUGUGAAUUGGAAUUCAAUUGAUUCCACACCAUGUGGUUGGAAAGGUGUCAUCUGCAACAGUGACAUCAAUCCAAUGGUGGAGUCUCUUGACUUGCAUGCAAUGAAUCUCUCAGGCUCAUUGUCUUCCAGCAUUGGUGGUUUGGUUCACUUGCUUCACCUUAAUCUGUCUCAAAACACUUUCUCUGGUUCUAUACCAAAGGAAAUUGGAAACUGUUCAAGUUUGCAAGUUCUUGGCCUCAACAUCAAUGAAUUUGAAGGUCAAAUUCCUGUAGAAAUAGGCCGGCUUUCGAAUUUAACCGAGUUGCAUCUUUCAAACAACCAGCUCUCUGGACCUUUACCAGAUGCAAUUGGUAACCUUUCUUCACUCUCAAUAGUUACUCUAUACACCAAUCAUCUCAGUGGACCUUUUCCGCCUUCUAUCGGGAACCUUAAAAGAUUGAUCCGGUUUAGAGCCGGACAGAAUAUGAUCUCAGGAAGUCUACCUCAAGAGAUAGGUGGAUGUGAAAGCUUGGAGUAUCUUGGUUUGACUCAAAAUCAGAUAAGUGGUGAAAUACCAAAAGAACUUGGGUUACUCAAGAACUUGCAAUGUUUGGUCCUUAGGGAAAAUAAUCUUCAUGGUGGUAUACCUAAAGAGCUUGGAAACUGUACAAAUUUGGAGAUUCUUGCUCUUUAUCAGAACAAGCUUGUGGGAUCAAUUCCAAAGGAGCUUGGAAACCUUGAUGUCCUAAAGAAACUAUACCUUUACAGGAAUGAGUUGACAGGUAAUAUUCCAAGGGAGAUUGGAAACCUUUCUGUUGCAAUUGAAAUUGAUUUUUCAGAGAAUCUUCUUACAGGAGAGAUACCGAUCGAGUUGGUUAAUAUAAAAGGCUUGCGGCUGCUUCAUCUCUUUCAGAACAAGUUAACCGGUGUGAUUCCAAAUGAAUUCACCACAUUGAAAAACUUGACUGAGCUUGAUCUCUCUAUCAAUUAUCUCAAUGGCACUAUUCCUAAUGGAUUUCAAGAUUUAACUAACCUUACCUCUUUGCAACUCUUCAACAACUCAUUAAGUGGUAGAAUUCCUUAUGCACUUGGAGCAAAUAGUCCGCUUUGGGUGCUUGAUUUGUCAUUCAACUUUUUGGUUGGAAGAAUUCCAGUUCAUCUUUGCCAACUAUCCAAGUUGAUGAUCUUGAACUUAGGAUCAAACAAACUCGCCGGAAAUAUACCUUAUGGAAUUACAAGCUGCAAGUCUUUGAUUUAUCUUCGCCUCUUCAGUAACAACUUGAAGGGCAAGUUUCCUUCUAAUUUAUGCAAGCUUGUAAAUCUUUCAAAUGUUGAUUUGGAUCAGAAUGACUUCACAGGCCCUAUUCCUCCACAAAUUGGUAACUUCAAAAAUUUGAAAAGACUUCACAUUUCGAACAACCACUUUUCGUCUGAACUGCCCAAAGAAAUUGGUAACCUUUCUCAGUUGGUGUACUUUAAUGUCUCAUCAAAUUAUCUUUUUGGUAGAGUGCCUAUGGAACUUUUCAAAUGCAGGAAGUUACAAAGACUUGACCUCAGCAACAACGCCUUUGCAGGUACUUUAUCAGGUGAGAUAGGAACUCUUUCACAGUUAGAGCUUCUCAGGCUCUCACAUAACAACUUUUCUGGUAAUAUUCCAUUGGAAGUCGGAAAACUCUUCCGGUUGACCGAACUACAAAUGAGCGAAAACUCAUUUCGUGGUUACAUUCCACAAGAGUUAGGUUCCCUUUCAUCCUUGCAAAUUGCACUUAAUCUCAGCUAUAAUCAACUUUCAGGCCAAAUACCCUCUAAACUUGGGAAUCUUAUUAUGCUAGAAUCCCUUCAACUCAAUAACAACCAUUUGAGUGGCGAAAUUCCAGACUCUUUUAACAGACUUUCAAGUUUACUUUCUUUCAAUUUUUCGUACAAUUAUCUUAUAGGCCCUUUACCUUCUUUACCACUCUUACAAAACUCAACAUUCAGCUGCUUUUCGGGUAACAAAGGUCUCUGUGGAGGAAACCUUGUCCCUUGUCCAAAGUCACCAUCACACUCACCUCCAAAUAAACUAGGAAAAAUUCUAGCUAUAGUUGCAGCUAUUGUUAGUGUUGUUUCUUUGAUUUUAAUUCUAGUUGUUAUAUAUCUCAUGAGAAAUCUCAUUGUGCCGCAACAAGUUAUAGAUAAACCAAAUUCUCCAAAUAUUUCAAACAUGUACUUUUUUCCAAAAGAGGAGUUGAGUUUCCAAGACAUGGUUGAAGCUACUGAAAAUUUCCAUUCCAAAUAUGAAAUUGGAAAGGGGGGUAGUGGAACUGUAUACAGAGCAGAUAUAUUAACUGAUCAUACAAAUAUGAAUUCAAUUGCUAUAAAGAAGCUAACAUCAAACAGUCACAACAACAGCAUUGAUCUAAAUAGCUGUUUCCGUGCCGAAAUCUCAACUUUGGGAAAAAUAAGGCAUAGAAACAUUGUGAAGUUAUAUGGUUUCUGCAACCAUAGUGGCUCAAGUAUGCUAUUUUAUGAGUACAUGGAAAAGGGUAGUUUGGGAGAGUUACUUCAUGGAGAAUCUUCCUCUAGUCUAGAUUGGUAUUCAAGGUUUAGGAUUGCACUUGGAACUGCACAAGGACUCUCUUAUUUGCACCAUGAUUGCAAGCCUAGAAUUAUCCACCGUGAUAUCAAGUCCAAUAACAUACUUAUUGACCAUGAAUUUGAAGCUCAUGUUGGUGAUUUUGGUUUGGCUAAGCUAGUUGAUAUCUCAAGGUCUAAAUCAAUGUCUGCUGUUGUUGGUUCUUAUGGCUACAUUGCCCCUGAGUAUGCAUACACAAUGAAAAUCACAGAAAAAUGUGAUGUCUACAGUUACGGAGUAGUCCUUUUGGAGUUACUUACAGGCAAGAAGCCAGUCCAAUCAUUGGAUCAAGGUGGUGGUGAUCUCGUAACAUGGGUGACAAAUAAUAUCAACAAAUAUUCAUUGAAACUAGACAACAUCCUUGAUGCAAAAUUGGACCUACUACAUGAAAUUGAUGUUGCACAAGUAUUUGAUGUCUUAAAAAUUGCUUUAAUGUGCACCGACAACUCUCCUUCUAGACGCCCAACUAUGCGUAAAGUUGUCUCAAUGCUUACAAGUUCUAGUCAACGGAAAGAGCAAUCUUUGUUAUCUCCAUGUCAAGAAUCAAGUAAUAUAGAAGAAUAAUUGACUCUUUGUUUUUGUAUAAAGUUCUUGAAUAAACUUUGUAAAAAAAUAAUUUUAGUGGUAGCACCGCUUUUAAAUGUAAAG